AGUACGUCGCGGAACGUUAUCAUUUGACCCAUAACACUUGUCAGCAAGCCGCGGUCAUGUCGUGUGUAAAUUCGUAACAAACUUAGUUUAGUGUUAAGUUAUUUAUUCAUGAAAAUGAGAUUUUCUAUUGUGUGUACAGUGCUGUGUGCGGUUUUGGAUAGGAAUGUUUUUGGUCUUUCUUCGGAUGAAGUAGCAGAUGUGCAAGAAUCAUGUUGCACCCACGGGCAGGCAUAUGCCAUGACACAAUCUUCAGUAGCGUCAUGUUCAAAGGCUGAUCUUCCGGAAGAUAUAGAGGAUGAAGCGAGGAACGCGUGUGUGUCUGCAAUGAGCAGUUGUUGUGAGGAACAAUUCAAGGAUAAAGAAGAAUGUGAAGCCGGCAUAAAACUAGCCGAUUCAAAGCAAUGUAACAGUCCAAAAAGUGAUAUUGGGAAGACUUGCUGCAACGAAUGUACAUUUGGUCGUCUAACCGGCGGCUUGGAAGGAGAGGCGGGGUGCGGAGAGCCUACAGAAGAGUUUUACUCGUCUUCAUCUGCACUAAGGAGGCAUGCUUUUUACCAAUGCUGCAUGGACUCAAGAAAAGAAGAAGAGACAACGACAGAGAAGAAAGAAACGACAACAGCGAAGGCGGAAGAAAAAGAGAAAUGUAAGGAGAACACUUGUGAGCAUGUUUGUAGCGAGCAAGAUGGGAAGGUACAAUGUCAAUGCAACGAAGGGUACAGGCUUCAGCCUGAUAAGAGAUCGUGUAAAGAUAUAAACGAAUGUGCCGAAUCAACCGAUGAUUUGUGCACUGCGGAGGACACAGUGUGCCACAACACGAAUGGCUCCUACAAAUGUGUUCCCAUCAAGAAGAGGGAAGCUGGCUCUGGUUGCCCGCCAGGGUUUAAGAAGAACGUCAUCAACCAAGUUUGUGAUGAUAUCAACGAAUGCCAGUUACCCCGGCCUCCGUGUCCAAAGUACCUUUGCGAGAACACGAUAGGAGGGUACAAAUGUGCUGGAAAACCUGGGAAGCCGUUUUCUGAAGAUGCUCCAAGUGCCACCACUGCUAAACCUGAUGAUGUACCAGAAGUUAAGAACGAUAUAUGUCCUCCUGGCUUCAGAGCUGGGGAGGAUGAUGAAUGUUUGGAUAUCGAUGAAUGUGAGGAAAGAGUGGACGAUUGCCAGCGUCUGUCCCAGCAUUGUAUAAACACACAUGGCGGCUACUUCUGCCAGGACCACGUGUCCAAGCGGUGUUCUCCAGGGUUCAAAGUUAACUCUGCUACUGGGAUUUGUGAAGAUAUCGAUGAGUGCGUAGAAAGUCUGGAAGUAUGUAAACGCACUGAGGUCUGCGUCAACCUGCCCGGCGCUUACAACUGCAAAUCCAAGAUCAGCACUUUACCUAAAUUAGCACCAUCAAAGAAGUGUCAAGAAGGAACCAGAUUGCGUCCUGGUGGGACGACUUGUGAAGACAUAGACGAGUGUCGUGAAGGCACUCAUUUGUGCGACCAAUUCCAGAAUUGUAUCAACACUUUUGGUGGACAUGAGUGUCGGUGCAAGAAUGGCUUCGAAUUGGAUUCUUCGUCAAGCUCGUGUGUCGAUAUCGACGAAUGUGCGUUAAAACUAGACAACUGUCAAGCUGGUCAGCAUUGUCUCAACAUUUUGGGUUCGUUCACGUGCACUCAGCGCGCUGUCACCACUUCUACCAGUACCACUCUAUCGCCAGAUUAUUAUUAUGAGUAUUAUGAAUCCGGUGAAGAUGAUAGCCCACCUGAUCCAGCACGCGCACCAGCACCAGCGCCUGUAUCAGAAACAACUUCUUCAACCACUUCAACUACUUCAACAACUUCAACAACAACGUCGACAACCACAUCAACAACGACAACACCUCCACCAACAACCUCUACCAGUACAACCACUACUUCAACGACAACACCACGACCCAGACCUUACCAGCCACCGCGACGAUACCACAACUUACGGCCAAGACCGAGAACUACAUCUAGUACAACAACGCCAGAUCCACGUACUUACCCCGGACCACCGGGUUAUCCGAGGCAACCAGAUGACAAACCAGAUGCACCUACUAAUUCGGACAGAAGAGUAUACAAUAGAAGGCCACAGUUCUAUCCCAGAAGACCGACGUCGUCUACAUCUACUACGUAUACUACUCCAGUCGAAACUACAGUGACUACCACGGAUAUAAAUACAAUAGAAAGAGAUCGAGCCCCAGAUGGCAGUUAUGCAAUUGAUACUGGAGACAUUCCUAAGGAUAAAUGGACGAAUGUUAUUGAGAAGGAAAAUGAGCCUGAAUUCGAUCCGAAAUUGGUACAUUGUUUAAACGGGUUUGAGAGGAACGAAAGGGGCGAAUGUGUUGAUAUAAACGAGUGCGACGAAGGCCGCCACAUUUGCAGUACAUUAGAGUACUGCAAGAACAGACCGGGUGGUUACGAGUGCGUCUGUGUCCCCGGUUACACCCGGGACGAGUCCGGGUGGUGCGCACCCAUCACACCCACGAGAACCACUCCCACUACUUCUUCUACCACUACCACUUCUACCACCACUGCUAGACCUACCACUAGCACUGUGGUUUAUACUUAUGAAACCGAGAGUACAACGGCAUCCACAACUCCUGAGUGGGGUUACCCCCCCUCCCGGUGGGUUCCCCCGCAGCCUUGUGAUCAGGGAUAUACCUUCAGCUCGUCCCAGGGCAGAUGUGUUGAUGUGGAUGAGUGCGCCACGAACCGAGCUAACUGUUCGCCCAAAGAGGACUGCAUCAAUACGGAGGGCGGCUACCGCUGCGCGUGCGGCCGGGCCUGUCGCGGGGAAACUACCUAUGAGUCCCAACCAGGGCCGGACUCGAACGUGAUAACGGUGGGCGCGCAGUACGGGCGCCGCGGGCCGCGCUACUUGCGCCCCUCGCGCGCACGCCUGCCCGGCACCGGUGCCAUUGUGACCACCUGCCCCUGGGGGUACAAACUCACCCCGGAUAAACACUGUUUAGAUAUCGAUGAAUGUGCGCGCAACGUGUCCGAGUGUGGCCCGCAACAGAAGUGCGAGAACUUCUUCGGCGGCUACUCCUGCCAAUGUCCAAGUGGCCACAGACUCAACGGCAAGCAGUGUGAUGAUAUAGACGAGUGCAACUUUGGCAAUCCAUGUUCUUACAACGCACGGUGCAUCAACACACCCGGCUCGUACCGCUGUUCCUGCGGCAGCGGUUUCCGCAACGCGCCCUCCAACGACAAGGUGUGCGUCGACGUGGACGAGUGCGCGGAGACACCUGUAGCGUGCGAACACGGGUGCUCUAACGUGUGGGGAGGGUAUCGGUGCUUCUGUAAUAGAGGAUACAGGCUGAGGAGUGAUAAUAGAACUUGCGAAGACAUAGACGAGUGCUCUGAAUGGGGUAACUCACGCACUCGCGGACGGCUUUGCGGCGGCCGCUGCGUGAAUACUGCGGGGAGCUUCCGCUGCGCCUGCCCAGCUGGGUACCGGCUCGCUGAUGAUGAGAGGAGCUGUAUUGACAUCGACGAGUGCGAGACAGGCGAGGCUGGUUGCGGCGCUGAGCCCGGCGCCGUGUGCCAGAAUACGCGAGGUGGCUUCCACUGCCACCACAUCCGCUGUCCGCCAGGAUACCGCCUCGAGGGGAAACACAAAUGCAGCCGCAUCCAGCGGUCGUGCCUAGUGUCAGACUGGAACUGCCUGCAACAGCCAAGCACGUACAGCUAUAACUUCAUCACCUUCGUGUCUAAUAUAUAUCUGCCUAUGGGAAGUGUGGACCUUUUCACAAUGCACGGCCCUUCAUGGCAAGACUCUGUGGUGAGCUUCGAAAUGCGGAUGAUCGAGGUGCAGGCUUCACCGGGAGUCAAACCUGCUGACUUGUCAUGUUUCGACAUGCGUCCAUCAGGUAACAUCUGCGUGGUGUCGCUAGUGUGCUCGCUGGGCGGGCCGCAGGUGGCCGAGCUCGAGCUCACCAUGUCUUUGUACCAACGCGCGCUUUUCGCGGGCAGUGCUGUCGCGAGACUGGUCGUUAUUGUGUCGGAAUAUGACUUUUAGCUUAUUAAGUUAUUAGUAGAUUAAAUAAAACUUUUUAUAAUGU